AUGCUGUGUUUGCAUGUGCUUUGGCUAAAAGAUGCUGCGGAUCCGUACACUAUGUCGUAUACUAAGGAUAUACGGAAACAUUUCCGUCGACCUUUGACCCCCGGGAAGAGCUCUAACCACAUGCUGUGUUUAGUUCCUAAAAACGCAGCAACAGUUCACUACAAGAUGAAGUGUGGUGUAUUCUUGCUAUUGAUCGCUCUAAGUUUUAAUGGAGGUCAAUGCUGGGACCAGGAGGAGCUGGAUGUGUUCGAUCUAGUGGAGGAAAUCGGACUAGAAGAUAAUUUCUAUGAGAUAAUGGGAGUGGAUCAGUCUGCUACAGCUGGCGAGAUAAAGAGGGCGUAUCGACAACUCUCUCUCAAACUCCACCCAGACAAAUCAGACGAUCCGGACGCUGCAGCCAAAUUCAGAAAAUUGGUGGCAGUGGCGGAGGUACUAAAGGACGAGCAAAAGAGAGAAUGGUACGACCGUGUUCUGGUAGAGGGUCUUCCCGAUUGGAAACAACCUCUCUUCUACUAUCGACGAGUGCGCAAAAUGGGACUAUUGGAAAUGAGUGCACUUGUUCUGCUCUUUGCCACUGUCGGCCAUUACGUGUGGGGGUGGGCUGUCUACGUGGAGAAGCAGCUCGUGCUGCAAGAGUUGCUGACUCGAAAGGAAAAGAAGAUCAAGAAAUUGAAGAAGUCUCCCCGGAGUGUCCCCACACAACUGGAGGCAGAGCUGGAGUACCACACCGCCCAGGCCAAUGCCAGUAUCCCAUCUCUGAGAACCCUACUACCGAUAGUGCUACUCAAGAGCUGUCUCUCACUUGCCAAACUCUGCUGGGCUAAAUACUCAGAAUGGAAGGAAACCAUUCACCUCAAGCAACAAGACUCUCAACCCUCCGAACAACAAGAUGAAGAUGAUAAAGAAAGCGAAGAAGAUGACAAAAUCGAGGAGAAACCUAUUAGGAGACGUUCUGGUCGGAAAACGUAUCAAAAUCAACUUCGUCAAAAUGAUGUGCAUCAAAAGGAUCAAGCUGACACCGGAGAAUCAAAUAAAAUCAGUGCUACAGAUGAAGAGGUCUACGAGUCAGGUAGCUACGAGGAUCAGUUGGAGGCAGUAAUAAACGACUUAGAUGAUGACAGUUACAAGACUGCGUCAAAGAAGAGCUCAAAACUCGCCGUCCCACAGAGCAGCGGUAACAAGACACUGGGUAGAAAUAGAGAAGGCACAACUGAAGUCGAAACUGUGGAGAAUAUUGGAGCUGGUCAAAGAGCUAACGGAAAGACCCACAAAAACUCGAAAUUGGAACACAAAUCACUUGCCACUAAUGACUCUGAGGAUCAAUACAGCUCGUUGCCUAGUGAUAACUGGAGCCAGUACCAACAGACUCAACUGGAGUGGGCCCUCUCUCACUAUCCAAAGUUCUCUGAGGAUCGCUGGGAAAAUGUUUCUAAAGCUGUUCCUGGAAAAUCAAUGGAUGAGUGUGUCAAGAGAUGUAAGGAGUUGUUUGAAGCUGUCAGGAAGAGAAAAGUAGACACUGGCAGAUAGCUUAGUUCACAGCAAACACACUCUUAUUCAUAAUUCCAUAAUUAUUUUAUUAGGCAAACAGAUUUGUAAUUUUUGUGUUGAAUUCAGUGACACAUAAUUAUCUCAAACCUCAUAAUUAAAAA